AUGUAUGAGUGCCUUUACGGUUUCACACCGUUUGCCUGCGAUGACCGCCAUCAAACUAAGCUCAAAAUCCUUCAGCACAAGAGAACGCUGGUGUUUCCGCCUCAGGAGGCUAUACUAGAACCAAGCAUGGAAGCAUUGGACCUGAUGACGAAAAUCCUCGUGGAGAAGGAGAAACGGCUCUGCAGUCGUCAGUAUGAGCUCAAUGAUUUCACCAGAAAGAUCGUUGGCGGUAGGCUUGUUCGUUGCGUUGCGGACAAGACUCAUCAAAACUACCGAGGAUAUUUUGUCUAUCCUGAUGAUGCAGAGGAUAUCAAGCGCCAUGCUUUUUUUGCGGGUGUUGAGUGGGACACCAUCUACCAGCAACGUCCGCCUUAUCUGCCUCGUGUCAGAGACUGGGAAGACACCAAGUACUUUGAUGAUGAAGAUCCGAUCUCCGACAUUGAUUCUGCGACAACACUGGUUGAAGUUGGGCUUGACGUGGAAGGCGAAAUUGCUGCUCAAGAUCUAAAGCGCAAACCUACUCAAGUGAGCCACCAUCACGCCGAAGGGCAGAACAUUGUGCCAUCAACAGCCCUGGAUGUUGUUCCCCCCCCGGACUGUUCUGUGCCUGGUCUCAACCCUGCUGAAGCGAAGCACACCAAUGGCCUCAAAAACCCUCUCAUGCAAUCACGGGUGAAUGGAAGCCCAACUACCGGAGCGACGCUCGUUGGAACGGGUCGCCAUAUUGAAGGCUCUCCAGCGACGGUCAGCACUGAGAACGUCAAGCCCAAGGCCAAGAAGAAGGAAAAGAAGAGGCCUAGAGACAUCAUCCUACGAGACCCUGUCGCGGGCCCGCUAGCUCUGGAGACUCGGAAAUUGAGCGCCUUUCUGGGAUACGAGUAUCGUCAGCCGGUAAUGCCCCAGGAUAUUGUCGAACAGGUGAUUGCGGAAGAAAUGGAGGAAAAAAGAAUCAAAAACUGCCGGCAAGGAUGUGAUCAGCACGAUCCUGACCUAAGGUACGAGAGGCGGGUAUUCAUGAACGCAGGCGGGCAAGUCUCACCCUGCUAUCGGGCUGGGCUGAUGUGA